CCGUACUGGCGAGUGCCUGAGUGAAUACAAAACGUGUCAAGCUAAAGCUCAGCCGGACCGUACAAAUUCCGUGUGUUGAGCACAGGCAGACUAGUCGCAAAUUGAGACCGCGGGCGAUAGGUUGUUUGGCUUCUUACGGCGCAUUCUUGGAGAGCUACAAAAGGCAUGGAAUUUCUCAGUGCCCAGUGCGCUGCACGGUCGGCGGGGCCGGCGAACACGUUGAUGUCCCUGCUCCUUAGCACACUGAUCACCAAAUAUUGUGAUUUGAGUGGCGAACAACAAUGGCCGGCGGAUCAUGGCGAUUAUUUGGAUAAGACGGGCGCAUUUGAUCAGGAUUAUGACUUCAUUGUAGUGGGUUCAGGCACUUCGGGAGCAGUGGUCGCCGGACGAUUGGCCGAGGUGACAAAUUGGCGAAUUCUCUUACUGGAGGCUGGCGGUGAUCCGCCGAUUGAAACACAGUUUGUUGCCUGGCACAUGGCCACACAAUUCUCGAAAUGGGACUGGCAAUACCACACGGAGCCCAAUGGACGCGCCUGCAUGGCCAUGCAGGGUGGCAGUUGCCAUUGGCCCAGAGGCAAGAUGUUGGGCGGAACGAAUGGCAUGAACGCCAUGAUCUAUGCCCGCGGCACACGCGAAGAUUUCGACGAUUGGGAGCGACGUGGCAAUCCUGGAUGGGGAUAUGAUUCAGUGUUGGAGCAUUUCCGCAAAGCUGAGGAUCUCCGUUCCACACGCACCGAUUAUACGCCCGGAGAUCAUGGCGUUGGUGGACCAAUGGGCAUAAAUAAUUAUGUGUCAGACAACGAAUUCCGUUCGACCAUUCGUGCCGGCAUGGAGGAAAUGGGCUAUGGCAGUGCCCCCGAUUUCACCGAGGGCUCAUUCAUUGGCCAAAUGGAUAUUCUGGGCACCCAGGACGGCGGACGUCGCAUAACCACGGCCCAUUCCCAUUUGCGCAAGGACACUCCGAAUUUGCAUAUCGUUCGACAUGCCCAGGUCAAACGUCUUAAUGUGGUUGAGUCGCCUGAGAAGCGUGUGGAGAGCGUCACCUUUGUCCAUCGCGAGGGCAAGGAAUACACGGUGAAGGCCAAGAAGGAGGUCAUUGUAUCUGCCGGAGCCAUUGGCACACCACAAAUUCUGAUAUUGUCGGGAAUUGGACCUGCUGAUCAUUUGAAAAACUUGGGCAUUCCUGUCAAAGCUAAUCUGCCUGUUGGUCGCAAUCUCAAGGAUCAUGCCAGUUUGCCGGUUAUCUUCCAAAUCGAUAAGUCGACGGCACGCAAACCAACCGAGGAGGAGCUGGUGGAUUCCAUGUAUAAUCUGCUGAUGGGUCGCCAUAGCAAACUUUUGCAUCAUGAAGCCACAGCACUGACCGGAUUCAUCAAUACAACAUCGUUGCAUGGUCCCAAUCCCGAUAUACAGACAACAAACUUCUUCAGCCUAAUGCAGAGUCCCGAACUGAAGGGCUAUGUGGCAGCCACCGGAUUCAACGAGCGUGUGGCCAAAAGCAUUUUGUCUGCCAAUCAGCACACAAAUACUUACAUUACAUAUCUGCUCCAUUUGAAGCCCUUCUCGGCGGGUUAUUUGGAAUUGCAGAGUGCCGACUAUCUGGAUGCCCCCAUCCUACAGCCCGGCUAUAUGACGGAUGACCGCGACGUGGAUACCUAUAUACGAGCAUUGAACAUCUAUAAGAAUCUACCCGAAACACGGGCGUUCGCCGAACGUGAGGCCAAACUGCAUAAGAUCGACCUGAAGGACUGCAACAGUCUCGAGUAUCAAUCGGAUGAAUAUUGGCGUUGCUAUAUACGCCACAUGACAACCACAGUGUAUCAUCCAGUGGGCACAGCUCGCAUGGGACCAGCCAAUGAUCCCACAUCGGUGGUCGAUGCCCGUCUACGGGUCCAUGGCGUCAAGGGUCUGAGGGUGAUGGAUGCCAGCAUCAUGCCGGAUAUUGUGGGGGCCAAUACGAAUGCCGCUUGUAUCAUGAUUGGCGAGAAGGGUGCCGAUAUGAUCAAAGAGGAUUAUUCCACUCAACAGCAUACAGAACUUUAAAUAUUGAUAUUGUAUGUUCUCCAAAUUGUAUCAGAUACAAUGUGGCAUUUUUUAUAAACGCUUUUUUUUUUUUUGUAAACUUUAAAAGUUUUAGUCUAAGCUGUAUAAAUGAAUUUGUUGUGUUUAUUUUAUAAUUAAAGAGCUUUUCCACCUAAA